AGUAGAUUUUCAUAGGGAGCUGGAAGCCACCGCAACAGGGUCCCCCUCCACCGGUUCCUAAGGCUACACUCUUCUUCCCUAACCCCCCACCACACACACAUACGAAAAAACUCUCGGACUUCUCUCAGGGUCAUGCCCGAGCCCAAGGACCCAAAUAAAACACAAAGCAUGCGCCCAAACCAGACACACACAACUUCACCACCCAUGCCUCAGUUUCCCAAUGUGACCUGUGGGCAUCUGUCUCCUACCACGCCCUCCCCUGGCUGUUGACAGGCAUCCCUCUGUUCAGCCUGCGAGACCCAGGGUGCAGCCUGGGGCGUAGUCGGACCUGAAGACAACGGGGGACACAGAACAGGGAGUAGGAGCUAAGUGGAAAAUGAAGGGAAAGGAGAUAGGCUGCCUGUGCCCCCGCAGAACAAGCCUGGACCUGCUGGGCACUCCCAGGGUGAAGGUGGGUCCAGACCCGCCCCUCCUCAGCUUCCUAUAAGGGCUGGGGACCUGGGACUGCAGGUUCACACACCAUGAGGCCCUUCUCGAGACCGGGCACCUGCCUGCUGGCCUGCAUACUGCUCUGCACCCUCCUGGGUCUUGGAUACCCGCUGAGCUGUGAGGUGUGCAAGGGCUCCGGGCCCAAUUGCAGUGGAAAGAUGAAGACUUGCGAAGAGGGCAAGGACGCCUGCGUGGUGGUCGUGGGGGAGUCGAACACAAAGGGACACCUGUCGAUAAACACCUACAAGGGCUGCAUGAAGUUCAGCGACUGCUACUCGGGCUUCGUCUCCACCACCAUGGGCCCCAAGGACUACAUGGUAUCCAACACGUACUGCUGUCAGGACGAUGGCUGCAACCAUGGCUCUGUGCCCCCUCCCCAGAACAAUCGGACUGAGAAUGGCCUUCAGUGCCCAGCCUGCAUCCAGCCCUUCCAAGAGACCUGCGCUGGGACCCAGGCUGCCCGCUGUGUGGGCCAGGAAACCCGCUGCGUCUAUUUCGCUGGCAACGUGCAGGCUGGUAUCAUCAGGACCAAAUUUGCCACUCAGGGUUGUGCCACAGAGAGUGCCUGCUACUCCAAACCUGGCGCCCAGGUGCCCUCAGCCUCCUAUCUCUACUUCCUCCGUCGGGCCGACUGCCUUCCAGCCCCCCGGUCCCCUAGCAGGGCUGAGUGAGAAGCUGAGGAUGUAUG